AUGGAGCUGACUUACAAUUACGGCUUGGAUGAUCCAAGCGCCUACAAGCCGGGCACGGGACUCACGGAGUUCGGCAUUUUUGUGCCUGAUGUGGAUGCGGCAAAGAGUGCAGCACAGAAGUUGGGCUAUGCAGAGGAAGAGGGCUGCAUCGUUGGCCCCGACAAAUACCGUUUUCGGCUCUUUCCAAUGCCCAGUGACCGCAGCGAGCACUUCCUCUAUGUGAUGUGCCGCUCGGGGAACUUGGCCAAGACAGUCGGUUUCUACAAGGACGUGCUGGGCAUGUCCGACGUGGCAGUUCCCGAGUUGGUCCCCAAGAGGGGUUCCUCCAUGGCGGCUGUGAGCUAUACCUCCAAGACGCAUCCACAUCAGCGUGAGCCAGUGAUGCUGGUUUGGUAUGAGGAUGGAAUCAAGCCUCAGCCAACACCAUGGGAAGGCAGACAUGCCUUGGGAUUGGAUGCAGAGGAGAUUAAAGCACUCCAUGCCAGGUAUCAGAAAGAGUUCCCUGAUAAGAUCAUGCAUCAAGGGGAUGCUGGACCUAUCUCUCUGCAGGAGAAGUUGGGGACGUUGUUCAUUUUCAUCGCCAGAGAUAUUGAUGGCUACGAGAUGUGCUAUGUCUCACGAGAAACCAUGCUGCCAGCAGUUGUAGAAGCAGUGACCAACUACGAUGGCAAGGCCCUGGAUUGGACUGCCAGGCAGUCGCGCAUUGAGAAGAUUGCGGCCGCUGGAAAGCAGGUUGAAGAGCUGCUCUCCAAGCAUUCCGUGGUCUUGUUCUCCAAGGAAUGGUGCCCCUUCUGCAAAAAGGCGAAGAAUGCCUUCGACAGCAUCGAGGCAAAAGUCUUCAUUAAGGAGCUGGAGAACAUCGACAAGAAGCCUAUCGUCGAAGAUCCUAUGGCCUUUCAGGAAUACCUGGCGGCCAAGACGAAUGCUGGCAAGAGUGUGCCAAAGGGCUUCAUCAAAGGUGAGUUCAUUGGAGGAGGCGAUGACAUCGUCGAUCUCAACAAACGCGGUGUUCUCUUGGAGAAAUGUGUGGCAGCUGGCGCCGCAGAGAAGAAAGUUGCCGAGGAGGCUGAGCUAAAGUUCUUCUUCAAUG